AUGGCAUCUUAUUCUCUUCCUUCGUUGUUCUCUGCAAAUGGAAGACGUUCUCCAUUAUUCCUUCCUAACAAAUCUCCCAAAACCCUCAGACUAAUCAAAGUUCAUACCUUCCAAGACGAAGGGAGAUCAACGAGGAAGGAUAAUAAUAUUGUGGAUAAAAAUCUGGAUGUUUUGAAGGAGAGGAUGGAGAUGGUGAAGGUGAAGGAGAGAUUAGAGAGUUGCUGCAGAUGCGAGAUUGGUUGGAAUUAUUAUCGUCAUCAGAAUGAAGAACAACAUGAUGAUGUCAUUAUGAACAGUCAUCGCAGAAAUAAAACCUUAAUCUCCGAUCUGAUUCAGAUUAUGGGUUUGGUUUGUGGAACUGUUGGAUCAACUUGUCUCUCUGGCACACUCCUCCUUUGCCUUCUUUCCCUAGUUGUUCAUUUCCAUUCAAUUUUAUCCUUUCAUUAA